AUGAGCCUGAAAUGCCCGUACAGGCAUGUCUCAUACGCAACAUGGCGCUUGGAAGUGGUGCGCGGAUUGUGUCUAUCACUUGAAGCACAACAGCCUCAGCCUCAGCCUCAGCCUCAGCCUCACAACAGCCUGACGGCUCUUCCCAGAGCAAACCCCACGAAAUGGAACCGACAUUACAGCCUGUUCCGGCCCUUCGAUAGACACAAUACUGAACAGAAAUCAUCUUCCCAAGAUGAAGCCCCUCCUGAUACUCCAUUGAGGGCACGUCGCUCCAAACGUCCAGGCUCCUUCAAUCCCUACAGCCCGGAAGGAUUACAGAAAUUGAAGGAUCUGCUGCCGGAGCUCAAAGUCCUCGGUGAGCUGAUGCGGGAUGAACACCGAGAUGAGGAGCCCUUGCCUCAUGACGAUCUUUACAUCCCAGCGUCACCCAUCCAGAUUCAGGUGGAAAAGGCUGCGCGGAGAAGAGGUAUUCAGAAAGAGCAGGCAACAUAUAAAGAGCUGGGGCCGCUAAAGAACAACCCAUGGGCGGUCAUGUUAGCGGGCCCUAUCAGGUCCUGUCAGGCCAGUGGUGCGAGGCUACCGGGAGGGCUCUUGCUAGACUUCGAUUACGUGAAGAGCCCGGUUGACGGGAAGACCUAUCUUCUACCGGCAGAUCUCGCCGACUUGGAUGCUCUCGAGGCAAAGCUGGCCAAGCAGCUUUACAAGGACGACUGGAGACGGGUGCGGGAGGACAAGCGGCUAGCCAGAGCGCAGCGAGAAAACACUUCUGCGCUCAACCCUGACACGAAUGCCGUGCAGUCGUCCGAAUCGAACCCUCCGGCCGCGAAACGCCAGUCUGCAUUGACUCGUUUUCUUGCGGAUGUCAAUAUUUUCCGCAUCCUGACGCUCCGUUUGACCAAGGGCAGGAAGGACGACCCGCAAAUCAGGCUCACCAAGACCGGAGAGGUGUCCAAACUCAUCCCGUUCGAGGCGAAAGUCCCCGUCUUGUCCGCACAGCACUACAUGCGCCACAAAAAGGACAUCGAGCUUGCCACCGGUGUCGCCGAUAGCGAGCCGGCCAACAUUCUCUCCUUCAACCUGAAGGAUGUGCAAUGGCAGCCUGACAUACACAGCCGGCUGGCACAGAUCAUGCGGAAGCGUAUACUGAUCUGCCUGACGGCACUGGCCGAGUCGCUGAAAGGGGAGCCAUUUGCAAAGGCGUCGACAAGAAUCGUCGCGUUGCCAAUACCUUACGGCGGGAAGCUCAGUAGUGAGACGUUUCGGCACCUGGUCGCCGGCACGGCAUCUUCAAGCGAAGCAUGUCCCGCAACGAAUGUUGGACAAGGAAACGAAGACACGCCACUUUCGCAUGACGGACGGCCUGCCUCAUCCGACCAACACGCGUCUACGACCUUCUCUCCACAGCCAGCGAUGUCAGGAAGAGGAUUCUUGCUCGGCCAUCCGGACAUUCACCCAGGAAGCAGCUUCCUCCACCUUGGCCACGGAAACAUGACGACGCUCCUAUCCCAACCUACAAACGCAGACACAGGCACCGCGGACAAUACCCCAACGCGGUCUGUAUCUUCUUCGCCCUCACUCCCACCAUUGCCACUGCCAUCCCACACGUUGACCCCUCCCAUGCUCACCGUCGACGAGACCUACCGCUUCCCCAUCUUCUCCCUGCACCAGCUCCUGGCCAACCCCUCCUCCUCAUCUCCCUCCGGCAUCACCACACUCGACGCUCUCAUCCAAGCCAACGAGGUCUUCCGCCCGGGCCCUGGCCCGGGCCCAACACCCCAUGACGACAAAGACGACUACCUCCUCCUCGUCCGUCCAGGGCCGGGUCCGACCCAAGAACUCGUCAAAGAGAUCUGGCAGUUGUGGCGCUAUCUGGAAGGCCAGCCUGGAGUGUCGCUGGAAACGGACUGGGGUCCGGCAGGCGAAGAGCAGCUCAAUGCUGGCAGGCAGGGCGAAGAUGAAGAUGAACCAUCGAUACCCAAGGAUAGGCGGCGACGACGAGAUGCUACUGAUCUCUAG